UAAGAGCGUUAAAGUAUAUGUAUAUGGAACAAAAACACUCUACUGUAUUUAUUAUUAUAAUAAAACGUCUUCACAAUGAAUAAUCGACUAUUUUACUUUGCUUUGCUUAACCUGCUGCUUAAAUCUUGCAUAUGUAUUGAAUCGUUCGAGAAGAAUAUACCAAACUACAAUAUCGAAGAAUUAAAUUCUUUCCGUGAAGGAAAAAAAUUACUUGUUCUUGAUAUUGACAAUACUCUACUUGAUCAUAAAUUAGUGAGACCGUUUCUACAGGAAUUUUUAACGAGAGCCUACAAUAAUUAUGAUAUUGUCAUUUGGUCAGCAACGGAAAUGCAACAUAUCAGAAGAAAAUUGGAAUUUUUAAAUGCAAUUGACAAUCCUAAUUAUAAGAUUGCCUUUUGCUUAGAUCUCUCAGCAAUGGCUGUUAUCGACGAUAAACAUAUUUUGGUAAAACCUCUUUCUCUAAUUUGGAAUAAAUAUAAACAAUACUCAUCGAUGAAUACAAUUAUAGUGGAUGAUUUGUCGAAAAAUUUCAUUCUAAAUCGACAGUCGGGUCUUUGGAUAAAACCUUUUAAAAAAUCCCACGUUAAUAUACACAGAGAUCGGGAACUUUUGAAGAUUUCCGAUUAUUUGGAGUUCAUUGCUCAAGUCAAUAAUUUUCAAACUUUAAAUCACAAUGAAUGGGAGAAAUACAGAAUUGAAAAAUUUAAAAGUCCAAAUGUACAUUGUAAAAGGGGUAUUUAAAAGAGGACAGACCAUAAUAUUAUAUCUACGUAAUAUAAUAAGGCAAAAUUUCUGGUGUUGAGAAGCCAGUGAAGCAAAUUGUGCUUUCUUCAAAAAUACUCCUUGAGCCUUGGAAAUGUUAUUACGUUCUCCACUCCAAACUUUCAUCGCUUCGUUCUAAAUUUUAAAUUAACUCUAUUUUUAAAUUUUGUUUAAAUAAAGUUUCUGUUUAAAUAAAUUUUAUAUAAAAAUCAACUUGAAGUAUAGUUUCAAAAUUCAUUACUAACUUUUUAUCAUAAUUAAAUCUUGUGUUUACCUGAAGAGUUCGACCAAAACAGAAACUUAGAGUCCACGGUUUUUUAGCAUUGAAGAGAUUAAUUGCAUUGAGAUUUGAGAAUGCCUCUGAAUCCUUCUGACCUCCACUGAGAAAAAAUAUGGCUUGAACUGCAGCAGGAACUGUUCUUAAAAGUGCUGCAAUAGUGUAUUCGGCAACCACCUGUUUAAUUAAACUGAAGAUAGAACAAAACUUUUCAAUUUUGUCACUCUCAUUGAAAAUUAAGAUAAGCGCCAAAUAAUAAUUUUAUCACUAUAUAGGAACUUUUAAUAAAUAAUUAUUAAUAAUUCA